CUGAUAGGUAAACAGUUAGCAGAACCUCACUGGGUUCCUAUCUAUCUCCUUAUUUAUUUAUCCUGCUGCCCCUCCAUUUGUAUUUGUUUCUCCGCUGGGGUAUCAGUCCCUGUGUAUGAGCCAUCUUUGUCAUGCUGAAAGUUACUGGAUGAGGACAACUCUGACCAAAGGUCUUUCUGCCGAGAACAGUCAGCUGUAUGUGACAGAGCAAUAUAGCUUUUCACAGCAGAGGACUGAGGGGAGUUGCCACUAAUGUCUGUAUGGGAAUCCUAGUUUUUGAUGUAGGCCGAAGACGGACGAAGCACACAGUGUGAGAGGAGUUUAAUUCACUAAGAGUGACUGAAAACUAAUUCAUUAGUGAGCAGGAGUAACUGAGGAGUAAGCGUGGAGUAAGCGUGGAGUAAGGCUGAUCUGGGUCACAGUGGUCCUUGUUGUUGAGAGUAGAGUGAGUCACGGCUGGGCCCCGCGCUGUUUGUAGCAGUGCAGCACAGCACAGCACAUCAUGCGGAUCAACAGAGUUGGGCUGGACCUGGACACCAGUGACUAUGGCAUGAACCUGGAACCGUCCUACACCAUGCUGGAGUUUGACAGCUUGAGAGCACUUCCUGAAGAGGCAGAGCCACUGGUGCCAGGGCCGGCGCCAUCCCUGCCCCCGAGCAGCGGCAGCCUGUGCUCCAUCUGCGCCGACCGGGCCACGGGCAAACACUACGGCGCCGCCAGCUGUGACGGCUGCAAGGGCUUCUUCCGCAGGAGUGUGAGGAAGAACCACGCCUACACGUGCAGGUUCAACAGACAGUGUGUGGUGGACAAGGACAAGCGGAACCAGUGCCGCUAUUGCCGGCUCAGAAAGUGUUUCAGGGCCGGCAUGAGAAAAGAAGCCGUCCAGAAUGAGCGGGACCGGAUCAGCUGCCAGAGAGACGGACAGAGGCUCGGAACGCUGUCCAUUAACAUGCUCCUGCAGGCAGAAGCCAGCACGCAUCAGUUCCUGUCCUCAGUCCCUGGCAUCCCCUGUGACACAGGCAUGAAGAAGGUUGCCCGCGUGGGGGACGUAUGUGAAUCCAUGAAGCAGCAGCUCCUUCUGCUGGUGGAGUGGGCAAAGCGCAUCCCUGAGUUCUGCGAGCUGCCGGUGGAUGACAGGGUGGCCUUGCUUAGAGCCCAUUCUGCCGAGCAUCUCAUCCUUGGCGUGGCGCGCCGCUCCCUUCCCUACAAUGACAUCAUCCUUCUGGGAAACGACUUCAUCAUCCCCGUGAACGGACCCGAGAUGGAGGUGUCCAAAGUGGCGGCCCGGAUUCUAGAAGAGCUCGUCAGGCCGCUGCGAGAGCUGGAUGUCACCGACAUGGAGUUCGCCUGUCUGAAAGCCAUCGUCUUCUUUGCCCCAGACUGCCCAGGGCUGCUGAGUCCUCAGGCGGUGCGGCAGGUCCGUUUCCAGGCCCAGGUGCUGCUGGACGAGGCCACGUACGAGCAGCGCGGGCGCUUCGGGGAGCUGCUGCUCAUGCUGCCGCCGCUGCAGAGCGUGGCCUGGCAGAUGGUCGAGACCCUCCAGCUGGCUCGCCUGCUCGGGGAGGCGGCCGUCGACAGCCUGCUGCUGGAGAUGCUGCUGGGAGAGGGGGGGGCCGCCGCCGGGGCCCGGGGAGGCCCUGGAGCCUCUAAUGGACCUGGGGACGGGGAAGGGGCCGGAGUCGGGGUCCAUGUCCAGUCCAAAGGCCCACAUCCAGGAAGUAACGCCGAUGUCUUCUCAUUCAUGUCCUCUGGAGACCCUGCCUUGGCCUGUGGUCCCCUUGGUGUCCAGGAGGUGCUGCCAAACCAAUUUAUCUCUGUAAUUCUGCCUGUACCAAACUCUUUGCCAGGUCUUCCAAUGGUACCCACGCAGACUGGCACUGAGGUGUACAGACCAGGAGAAGACGCAGGCAUGGCCCAAGAGAUGCCAAACAGCAUGCCAAUCCCACCUGGGCACACGUGCCUCUGAGAAAACAAACCACGCACACACUCACAAACACGUGCACGUACGCUGACACAAAAACACCUGGAUAUGCAGAGGCUCACAUUGCACCAGAAGACUGAUAACAAAUGAUGAAGUCAGCCACUGAUCAGCCUAACAAGCAAGCGUCAGUAAUGCACAACAGUGCAACAGUGCAACAGUGCAACAGUGACCAAUGAUUCAGAGAUUCAUUGAUCAAUGACUCAAGUGGUGUUAUUCAAUGAAUGAUUAAUAGUAGUGUCAACUACAUUCUAAAUAAACAGUUAUUUUCAUUUCAUAGUA